AUGUUGCUGCUUCAGUGCAGAAAUCCAGCCUCUCUUCCAAAGCCAUGUCACUUGGUACCAAAUGUAAAAAUGGUGAUUCUCCUGUUUCUGCUGGGUCUGCUUGGUAACUCUGCUGCCAUGCCUUUCCAGAUGCCAAUACCCCGAAUGCCUGGAUUUAGCAGUAAAAGUGAAGAGAUGAUGCGAUACAGUCAAUUCAACUUUAUGAAUGGCCCACAUAUGAUGCCUAUGGGCCCAUAUGGGAAUGGUAUGCCAAUCCCUCCACACAUGCCCCCGCCGUACCCUCCAUACCACAUGCCCAUGUGGCCUCAGCCACCCAAUGGAUGGAAUCAACCCCCAAUGCCCAAUUUCCCAAGCAAUACUGAUCAAACCCAGGAGACUGCCAAGCCCAACCAGACCAAUCCACAAGAGCCACAACCACAAAGGCAGCCUCCAAAGGAGCCACCAAAUGAAGCAGCACGGGCCAAAGAGGAAGCCCAGCCUCCAUUACCAUUCCCACCAUUUGGCAAUGGGCUUUACCCCUAUCAACAACCACCAUGGCCAAUUCCACAGAGGGGACCACCACCAGCAUUUGGACGUCCAAAAUUCAGCAAUGAAGAAGGAAACCCUUACUAUGCAUAUUAUGGGUAUCACGGCUUUGGGGGUCGUCCUUAUUAUUCAGAAGAGAUGUUUGAAGAUUAUGAAAAACCCAAAGAAAAAGAUCCUCCUAAACCAGAGGACCCACCCCCAGACGAUCCACCCCCAGAGGCCUCUACUAACUCAACUACGCCAGAGGCUAACUCCACUCAGUCAAUUCCUGGAGAGACUCAAGGCGGAAAUGAAACUAGCCCAACUGGGAACAGGGGACCUGGCCCAAAUGCUGGGAACAACCCUACAGUUCAAAAUGGCGUCUUCCCUCUCCCUAAAGUAAAUGUUUCAGGCCAAGGAGCAUCAAGAAACCAGAUUCCGUGGAGACCAAAUCAGCCAAACAUUUAUAAGAAUUAUCCCUAUCCGAAUGUGCGAAAUUAUCCUUCAGGAAGACAAUGGCAAACCACUGGUCCCAUGGAGCCCAAAAAGAACGGACCUGGGUAUCAAAACCCACCAGUACAAAGGGGUCCUCAGUGGAAUUCCUUUGCUUGGGAAGGUAAACAAACUACUCCUCCAGGAAAUCCAAUUUACCGCAAACCUUCCCCUCCUUCUUCAAGAGUCAAUUAUCCCAACUCUGCAGGAAAUCCAGUAAAUUUUGGAAGAAAAUCUCCCAGGCCAAACAAACCCUUCGUGGGAACCAAUCCGGCCCCAAAUAAACCCUUUAUGGGAACCAAUCCGGCCUUAAAUAAACCCUUCGUUGGAACCAAUCCAGCCUCAAAUAAACCCUUUCUGGGAACCAAUCCGGCCCCAAAUAAAUCCUUCAUGGGAACCAAUCACGCCUUAAAUAAACCCUUCAUGGGAACUAAUGCAGCUUCAAAUAAACCCUUCAUGGGAACCAAUCAAGUCUUAAAUAAACCCUUUAUGGGAAACAAUCCAGCCCCAAAUAAACCCUUUCUGGGAACCAAUCAGGCCUCAAAUAAACCCUUUCUGGGACCCAAUCAGGCCCCAAAUAAACCCUUCAUGGAAACCAAUCCGGCCCUAAAUAAACCAUCUAUAGGAACCAAUGCUGCCUCAAAUAAACCUUUUGUGAGAACAAACAUGGCCUCAAAUAAACCGUUUGUGAGAAACAAUGCUGCCUCAAAUAAACACCCUGUGGGAACCAAUGUGGCCUCAGUGGGUCCUAAACAGGUUACUGAUAGUCACAAUGUGAAAACCCAAAAUCCAAAAGAAAAGUCACUAGGUCAAAAAGAAAGAACAGUCAGCCCUACAAAAGAUACAGCUAACCCCUGGAGAAGCUCUCAACAAUAUGGAAUUAACAAACCAAAUUAUAAUUUGCCUCGCCCUGAAGGUAGCAGGGUCAGCCCAAAUUUUAAUUCUUUUGAUCAACAAGAAAACUCCUACUUCCCAAGAGAAGAUUCCAGAAGAGCGUCAAGUCCCAAAAGACAAAUCCAAAACCAGAAUCUUCCCAAAGGAAUAGCUUUAGAGCCAAGAAGAACCCCAUUUGAAUCAGAAACUAAGAAACCGGAAUUAAAGCAGAGUACACACCAACAGCCUGCAUAUCCUAAGAAAACCCCUUCUAAAAGAGAACAUUUUCCUGUUGAGAGAAAAAUCUGGAAUCGGCAAGAAAUCAUUCCACCCUUAAAGGAAGAUCGUGGGAGGCAGGAAGAAAUUUUACCUUAUCCUUCCUAUGGCUCUAGAAGAAAUAUAUUUUACCAUGACUAUAACAAUCCUUAUUAUCCUAAUGAAAACUCACCAUACAUUAGAAGUAAUACAUGGAAUGAGAGGAUUACCUCUCCCAGUACCCUGGGGCAACCAGAAAAUCCACAGUACCCCAUGAAUUCUCUAGACCAGAAGGAGACAGAGCAGUAUAAUGAAGAGGAUCCAAUAGACCCAAAUGAAGAUGAACUUUUUCCAGGACAAAGUAAAUGGGGUGAUGAUGAGCUCUUCAAGGGAAGACCAACAGUUGGGCAGUACGAAGGCAAUAAAUAUGCCUCAACCCUACCAAAGGAAUACCUUCCCUACUCCCUAGGGAAUCCAACCAAGGAACUUUUUCCUUACAAUGAAUUCUAUCCUUGGAGCCCACAAGAAAAUUUCCCUAUAUAUAAUCCAGGUCCUACUAUAGCACCACCUGUGGACCCCAGAAAUUAUUAUAUUGAUAAUGCCAUAGGACAAGAAGAAAGCACGCUCUUUCCAUCAUGGACUUCCUGGGACCACGGGAAUCAAGCACAGAAGCAGAAAGAAAAUGAGCCGUAUUUCAACGGAAAUGGCUGGGGUCAGUCAACGAAUCUACUACACAAAUCUCAUAUACCAAGCCAAGAGAGGAACCAUCCUUAUUCCACAAACUCCCCUGCUGGACUUCCAAAGGAUCCAGCAUGGCUUGAAGGUGAGAAUUUGAACUAUGAUUUACAAAUUAGUAGCUUAAGUCCACCAGAGAGAGAACAGUUAGCUUUCCCAGAUUUCGUUCCUCAAAGUUACCCAUCAGGUCAAAAUGAAGCACACUUAUUUCAUCAAAGUGAGAGAGGUUCCUGCUGUAUUGGUGGAUCCACGGGACACAAAGACAAUGUGCUGGCUCUACAAGAUUACACUUCAUCCUAUGGUCUUGCACCAAGGGAGAACAAAGAAUCCAGUCCUGUGCAUACAGAAAGUAGUUAUACCAAGUAUGCAAGAUCUUAUGUCUCCCCAACAAGCAUCCUACCUAGUCAAAAAAACAUCUCAGAGAAUAAACUAACUGCAGAGAGUCCAAACCCAAGUCCUUUCGGAGAUGGCGCACCUGCUCUGAGAGGGAACACACCAUAUGCUGGAAAGAACCAACUGGAAACAGGAAGUAAGGCCUUUCCUGAAGCCAGCUCUCCUCAGCCAAAAGACACACCCUGUCUUAAAAGUGACCUUGGAGGAGAUCGGAGAGACGUUCUGAAACAAUUUUUUGAAGGCAGCCAGCUCAGUGAAAGAACUGCUGAACUUACCCCUGAACAGCUCGUUAUCGGUAUCCCUGACAAAGGCUCUGGCCCAGACAGCAAACAAAGUGAAGUCCAAGGGAAUGAGGGCGAGAUGCAGCAGCAAAGACCACCUACCAUCCUUAAGUUACCGUGCUUUAGCUCCAAAUUAGCAAAGCUUCGCUCUUCAAGCACUGAACCUCCAACCAACAAUGGAAAACAAAGUGGUGCUCUCUCGACACCUACUGAAAAUCCUACCACAUCAGUCGGGUUACCUACAAGAGAACAAUUUAAAAGUAUAAAUGUAGAUCCAGUGAAUGCAGAUGAACACACUAUAUUUGAAGCUUUUCAAGGAACCAGUCAAGAGGACCAAGGACAAGGCUGCUUACUGCUUCAGGCUUAG